AUGUCACUGGAUGCCAGUAAUCCUCCCUAUUACUUCUCCUCUUACCUGUGUCCCAUCAAAGAACCCGACUAUGAAUAUCCCGAGGAUGCAGAAGAUUGGCCGGAAUUCGACGGAUGCCCAUACAAGAAUGCAGAACACCUCGCCAUUUGUCUGAACCGAUUUCUCUGUCGUUGCGAGAUGCCAAAAGCAGACACUCACCCACCUCGCUUUAGAAUGUCCUCUUGGGGAAAUUUCAAUUUUCAAGACUUGGGCUGCUACGAUACCAACACUGAAGCUCCUCAUAUCGUGGCUCUCAUGUGGAGUGAGCUCGCCCACCCACAGAACAAGGAGCUUUGCCGCAGCGAGGUUGACGCCGCGAUUAUGAUCAUGCACGGCCGCUUGCGAGACCCAUCACUCCGACCUCAUGUUAUUGCCCCUGUCCUGCUGCUAUCAGCCAUUGGAGAGCACUACCUCCGGAUUGUUGAGGCAUACUUUGACAAGGGCCAGCUUGUCAUGCGAAGUUGCCCGCUUAUGGACAUGCGGGAGCGGGACAUGAAUUGGCUCAUCACCUUGGCGAAGUGGUGCUGGGGAGGCCCUAGCAGCAAGAGUACCAAGUUCAUCAAGACUUAA